GCGCGCGGCGCGGUGCUGAAACCGAGGCUGUAACGUCAUGCUCGACUCUAAACCUCACCCACCCUCCCAGAGGCGAGCAGCUCUUUCACACGCACAGGCACAGGCGCAGACGGACUCACUGACUGGCUGGAGCUGGAGCGGAUUGCUGUAGUUAACAGACACACUGCACAAUGCGUGAAUACAAGUUAGUAGUCCUCGGAUCAGGAGGUGUCGGCAAGUCUGCGCUGACUGUUCAGUUUGUCCAAGGGAUCUUUGUGGAAAAGUAUGACCCCACAAUAGAAGACUCGUACAGAAAGGCAAUGGAGGUGGAUGGACAGCAGUGUAUGUUGGAAAUUCUGGAUACUGCCGGAACGGAACAAUUCACAGCCAUGAGGGACCUGUACAUGAAGAACGGCCAGGGCUUUGCACUAGUAUACUCCAUAACAGCACAGUCCACCUUCAACGACCUGCAGGACUUGAGAGAACAGAUUCUGCGGGUCAAAGACACGGAUGAUGUGCCGAUGAUCCUGGUGGGUAAUAAGUGUGAUCUGGAAGACGAGAGGGUGGUCGGGAAGGAACAGGGCCAGAAUCUCGCCCGUCAGUGGAAUAGCUGUGCUUUCCUGGAGUCCUCUGCAAAGUCCAAGAUUAACGUCAAUGAGAUCUUCUAUGACCUGGUCCGGCAAAUCAACAGGAAAACUCCAGUACCUGGAAAGGCCCGCAAAAAGUCCACCUGCCAGCUGCUCUAAUACACAGCUGUUCUUUUGCUCUGAGCCAGGUCUGAUUUACUGCUGUGUCUUUCAGCAGUGCCAGCAUUCCGACGUUACUAAAACCUAACAUCGAAUGGACUUUCCUAUGUGGUGAUGCCCCUUUAACAAACCAACCAACCAACAACCAACCAAUGGAUUCAGACUACAGUACCAUGACAGUUUUUUGCACAUAGAUAACUAUCAUCACUUUCCAAUGUCGCGAGUAAGAGAUUUUUACAUAUAAAUAUAUAAAUAUAUAUUCUAACUGUAUGCAACUGAAUAAAACAAUUAAGUGAAUACAGAGCUAGACAAAAAUAAUUGUAAAAACAAAUACAGAGCCUACACGCAGUGUUAUUGUUAACGGAGACAGCCACCGUUGUAAAUGUGAGGAGGGAAUGUCUAACCAGGCUGUGCACGUUGCCAUGGCAAUUACAAUGAUAUUUAUAAGCACCACUAUUUUAGCCGGAGAGGAAGUCCAAAGAGCUCCUAUAUAAACCAUUCUUACAGCUAACUUUCUUUUUUUUUCUUUCUUUUUUUUUUUUGUUGAUUAAUAUUUUGUAACUUUGUUUCUGCUUUUAUUCUAAAUAUGAUUUCUUCAUUCUCUGCCUUUUUUCUCUUUUAUAAAAUUACUAGAUUUUUGCUCUAUGGAGAUGUUAUAUUCACAACAGCUAUUGAUGAGUUUUACAGUAGGAAAACCUGUGGAUACAGUGAUGUACAUGUAAAAAGUGCAAAAAUAUAAUUUUUUUUUCUCACCA